AGGAGGGGGAGGUGCUUUCAACGGACUCGGCCAGACUUCCUCACAACUUUCCCAGCUUGUGAGAAUCUUAACUGUCCUGAUACACAGCUGGUGGUACAACCGUUACAGAGAACUCAGACCUUUAAUGCUCAGCUGAGCAGCACCAGGUGAAUGUGGGGACAUCUGAGGAAGGCGUGACGGUAUUAAAGAAUGUGUGAGCUCGCUUUGGAUUACAUGUGGGGGAAUACUCAUCAGACAGACGUAUGAUGGAGUACGAACAGCAUUAAGCUCGGUGUCCUGGUGAGUCCACAAUGAGAGACCGCUUGGAAGAGCUGCAGCAGAGGGCUCAGGAGUUUUCUGGGGCAGCAAGUGAGAACACCAGCCCUCCCCCAGUGGAGGAUGAUAAUGACGACUCGAUGGUGGUCGAGGUCACAAUGCCACAGGCUGUGCUGUUCGAGCAGGAGCCAAUCAUCGAGGAUUUCUUGUCGGAGUCUCAGCAAAUCCGAGAUGACAUCACAACGCUGGAGACAGAGAUCCUCAAGUUCACCCAGCAGCAGAAGACCCUGGUGGCGACCAUGCGUCGUUUCAGUGUGAUGAAGAAAGAAAGCAGCAUCAUGCGAGAUAUCAAGCUCCAGGCCGAAAGGAUCCACCGGCGUUUAGAGGCCCUUUCAAAGCAAGUCCAAAGGAGUGAGGAGCAGCACGGACCGACUGCUGUUUCCACGAGAAUACAACGCUGCCAGCACUCAGCAGUGUACCGCAAAUUCCAGCAGGUAAUGCUGCAGUAUAACGAAGGUCUGCUGACAAAGCAGGAGCGCUGCAAGGACUUUAUCAUCCGGCAGCUGGAGGUUUCAGGGAGGGAUGUGGCGGAGGACGAGCUGAAUGAGAUGGUGGCCACAGGGAAGUGGGAGGUCUUCAACGAGAACCUGCUGACCGAUGUCCGGAUCACACGGGCGCAGCUAUCUGAGAUUGAACAGCGACAUAAGGAGCUGUUGAGUCUGGAGAACAAUAUGAAGGAGCUGAGGGACCUGUUCAUGGACAUUUUCAUGCUGGUGGAGGAGCAAGGGGCCUACAUCGAACACAUCCAGACCAACGUGGAGAGGACGCAGGACUACGUGGUUGUUACUAAUGAGAAGUUCAAGCUGGCCGCAAGGUAUAAGAAGAAGAACCCGAUCCGACAGCUGUGUUGCUGCUGCUGCCCUCCCUGGAGAUGCUGCCUGUAACACCUUUUUACCUCCAUGGCCAUCCCAAAAAUAUAUAUUUAUAUAUUCUUUUCAAUUUAAAAGUCUCACUUACCUGCUGGGAAUAAGCAACGCUGGAUUCAAAUACCAUUAAAGUGAAGGUUAUGGUGCUGCAGUUUUAGAACAGAGCAGCGGUGAAGACAGAUUCAGCGGAGCGUGGAAAACAAUUAGGUGGAAGGGCCAGAAUUGGUAUUUGAGGCGCUUGUUUCUUUCAACAGGAUGUGAAGCGACCGCUAUUGGAAGAGACAGUUCAGUGAGUGCUACUCACCAACACUGCUGCUUAUUGGAGACCUUCGCUGUCAACUGACAGAGGUCACAAACAAGGGGAGAUCACUGACGCUGGCACUGCAACAUCAGCAAGACGGAUAUUUUUUACCUUUUUUUCCCCUCAAUAGAGCCUCUCAUCUUUUUUGUGCCACAGAAGCUGUAGUUAAUGAGCAUGUUAUUUUUGUAUACGGUAUAAGCACUUUAUUAUAAACUAUUAUUUUUUUCAUUUCCCAGCACAAACUAUAACAUGUAAUGCAGUUGAGAACAAUAAUGCCUCACAGUAGAGGGCAAACCUCCGCCAAGGCCCCAAAAUCCCUUUAAAUUCAAUCAAGCUGCACCAAAUUUCACACUUCUAAAUUAAUUUCUCAUCAGAAUCCAUGAAUUGUUCCCAGGAAAAAUGGUGAAAUGGUUGAAAAACGCCCUUUUCUCGCCAUGUUAUAGAAAGUGAAAAUCAUGGAUCCACCCUGAUAUUAUUCAACAGAAGUCAAUGGGUUCAUGCCGGAUACACACCACAUGCUUCCACCAAGUUUCGUGGUAAUCCAUUCGAUCCUUUUGCUUAAAAUCAAACAAAUAAACCAACAAACAAACAAACCAACAAACAGGGGUGAAAACAUAACCUCCUUGGCGGAGGUAAACAUUCUGUUUCUGUUUCGCAUAUUGAUUUCUUUGUGGUCCACAUACUGACGGAGCGAGGACUUGUUUUACAAUUAGUCAUUAGUCUCAUUUGCAUUUCCAAGUCUGAUGAUUUUCAGUGAACAAAAUGAAUUAUUUAUUCAGUUUCACAGAGGUGGAAAUUCAAAUAAACUCUGAAUAACAAGC